AUGUCGACCCACGGCCAAGUCCAGACGACGCACCUCGCGACCGUGACCGGCGCGUUUGUUCUUUGGGCCGGAGGUGUCCUGCUCGCCCUGGAAACCGGCCAGGAUGCCGUCCUCAUGGCGCUGGGCGUGGCCCUGCCCGGCACGACCCUGGUCAUGAUGGUGCUGGUGCUGGCCCUGACGGUGAGAGAGAGGGGCCGAGACCCGGGACUCCCGGCUCCGGUGCAGCACAAGUGCACGGUUGGGGAUAUUGCGGCUCUCUUGAAGUAUCUGGAGGGACGGAAGCUGUGA